UUUUGUUUGGAGUGCAUCUGACAUAGGGGGUACUAAAACUUUGUUGGUACAGUGCGAAAUAACAAAAGCAAUAAAUAAGUAAUUAAAAGCGGGAAUAGUGUUUGCAGUACAAAUCGCCAUGUAUAUGGAUAACGUAUUUAAUGAGUCUUCUACAAUGUAAAAUGCCAUUAAGAGUCGCUUGUAAACAGAGUUAAAGAGAGGGCGCAAAAUAACCGAUUUUUACGGAGACGCUCGCUGCUCGCUGACAAUUCCAACAUGGCGGAUCUCUUCAUCAAGGUUAAUUGCACCUAUUGCCAAGAAGAAAUCAAUGGAGUAGGUGUAAAAUGCGCCGAAUGCGUCGAUUUCGAUAUCUGUCUACAGUGUUUCUCUAGCGGUGCCGAAAUAGGACCGCACAAAAAUGAUCACUCCUACAGUCUUGUGGAUCACUGUGCUGUCAGUUUGUUUGGUGGAAAAGGAAAUUGGACUGGUAGAGAGGAGCUGCAGCUACUUGAUGCAAUGGAAUUAUUCGGAUUUGAGAAUUGGGACUGUGUCAGUAGACAUAUGAAAACAAGGACACCUGAAGAGGUGAAAGAAGCAUACAUCAGUAGAUAUUUUGAUGGUACUAUAGGAAAGGUGACGUGGAAUGAAAUAGGUGACUGUCGACCUGUGUUACCUGAACAUACGCAACAGGAUCGUGGUCCUCUGUCACCAGAAGUUACAUCAAAAUUGCCACCUUUGGAUGCGACUCCAGAGGAAGCUCGACAGCUGGGUUACAUGUCUCAUAGGGAUGACUUUGAGAGGGAGUACGAUGCUGAAGCAGAGCAGUUAGUUUCGUCGCUUCAACUCAAAAUGAACGAAGACAGUGAUAUCGAGAACGUACUAAAACUGGCGCAGAUCGACAUGUAUACGAGGAGAUUGCGAGAGAGGUGUAGGCGGAAACGAUUAGUGAGAGAUUAUCAGUUGGUAGCAGAGUUCUUCUCUAACCAGCGCAAAGAUUCAAUGAAGAAAGCAUUAACCAAAGAGCAAAAGGAUUUACGUGAUAAUAUGCGGGUCUUCAGUCAGUUUUUAACGUCCGGGGAACACAGUCGAUUGAUAGCCAGCAUCGAAAGGGAGAGAGAAUUGAGGCAUAGAUUGUCAGAAUUACUGCGUUAUAGGGGUUUGGGUUUGACCUCUCAGGAAGAGAUUGUCCACUAUGAGCAACAUGCAGCUUGUCAGAGACAACAGACCAAAGCUGGCAGCAGUGGCUUCGGAUUGGCAAUGCAGGAAUCCCAAUCAGAGACCGAAAAAAACGAAUUCGAAAGAAACUGCAUCACCGACGACUCAAUGGAGUUGGAAACAGGCGAAGACGGAGGCGACGACCACAACAGCAGCAAUCUUGCCAACAGCAGUCAGUCGGAUAACAUUCAAUGUACCUCCUCAAACAAUACCCUACCGCUUGGGACCAUUCAAUCCACACACGACACUCAGCUUUGCACAUCUCUCAAUCUGCAACCUCUCCAAUAUCGGCCAUUGAAACCCUCGUAUAGGACAACCACGUAUUAUCCGAUGGUAAAAUUCGAGUGAUAUAUUUUUAUUUGUUUCAUAAUUUAUUUUAUUCCCUAUGCUUCGGCUAAGAUGUGAUGGAGAUUUGUUACCCAUGUUCUCUUGUUGCUUAAUAGAUAUUUUUUUAUUUUUUAUUAUAUUUAUUCAGCGUGUAAAUAUUUUUAUUUUACAAGACGAGAGAUAGGCAAAGACAAGCAGAGAAAUAUUUGUAUAUCUUAUUUUAAGAGGUAAAUAUUAUGUGAAGAGAAGAUAUUUUUCGAGUUAUACCAGAUUGUACAAAGUUACUGUGUAUAUUGAUAUAUAAUUUAUUUAGUGUUUAGUUGAAGAAUCAGAUUUAUGUAGUUCUGGAGCACAUCUAAGACAAAAAGAUAUAAAUAUAUAUAUUUGAAAGUAAAACAUGGAAAGAUAUAAGUAAAUACAGACAUCUUUGUAAAUAUUUUAUUUUUCUAGCUACUUAAAAAACACUUGCAAUUUAAGGGCCUUAAUAUGCAAUUAAUUUAUGGAUACAUUUUUUGUAUAUUUUACGUGGUAUAGAUCAAGAAACGUUUUUGAUGGUCUCCUAGAAUCAUGUUAUUUUUAUUAUUUACAACAUAAUAUUAAAAGAAAAAGUGGAUACUGCAGAUAUAUUUUUGUAUGUUCAUCUCAAUUAGAAUUAUUUUUGUUUUGUAAAUACAGAGAGAAAAUAUUUAGAGACUGACAA